AUGGCCUCACUCUUGACCGCCCUGAUCCUGCCGCUGGCCCUGCAGCUGCUCGAUGCCCCCAUGGUCCUCGGGUCGCUCUCGUUCCUGAUGUCGCCGACGCAGAAGGAGACCAGACUGGGCGAGACGGUGGAGCUGCAAUGCGAGGUGGUGCCGUCCGGCAUGGCGUCAGGGUGCUCCUGGCUCCGCCAGAUACCCGGGGACGACCCCAGACCCACCUUCCUAAUGUAUGUCUCCUCCCAACGGGUCAAGCUAGCCCAGGGACUGGACCCCGACCACAUUUCCGGCGCCAGGUUCACCGGCUCCAAAUUCCAGCUCACCCUGAGAAACUUCCGCCAGGAGGACCAAGGCUACUAUUUUUGCUCGGUCUUGAGCAACUCGGUCCUGUACUUCAGUAACUUCGUGCCUGUCUUCUUGCCAGCGAAGCCCGCCACGACGCCGGCGAUGCGGCCAUCCACGCGCGCGCCCACCAUCGCGCCGCAGACUAGGUCUGUCUCUCCGCGCUCAGAGGUGUGCCGGCCCUCGGCGGGCAGCACAGUGGACACGAACGGGCUGGACUUCGCCUGCGAUAUCUACAUCUGGGCUCCCCUGGCCGGGACCUGCGCCGUCCUUCUCCUCUCAUUGGUCAUCACAUGCAUCUGCUACCGCCGGAACCGAAGACGUGUCUGCAAAUGUCCCAGGCCCGUGGUCCGACAAGGAGGCAAGCCCAACCUUUCAGAUAAAUAUGUCUGA